AUGAAGGGUCCGGUGUUCAGGGCAGGGCCCAGUCUCUAUUCCCAAUAUCUUUCAAAGCCAGUGAAAGCUUGGUUGCUCACUUUGCGCUAUUGGACAGACAUUUUCCGUGCUACCUCCCCAAUGCACUGCAACUCCAGACUGGCAUUUGAAGCUGAGCUCGUGAGUCCCCAGACAGCUGUGGGUCCUCCGCUUCUAGACACACAUAGAACCUCUCCCUUCUCAGCAGCAUCAAGGCGGGGUCCCUACUGUCACUCUCCGCCACUUGCUUCCUUUGCAGACUGGUUGAGCAUCAGCGUGCCAUCCCGUGCUUAUGAAGGAGACCGGGUCGUCAUAAGCUGCACAGGGGAAAAGAACAGCAACAUAAAGAGGCUAAAGUACUUCAAGGACGGGUCUCACCUAUCUACUUAUGGCAGCGCUUCGAGCUACGUCAUUUCGAAUGCAAGACUCAGCGACAGUGGCUCCUAUUCCUGUAAGGCAGAUAGGAAAUUGUUCCUAUUUAUAGAUGUGUCAGAAGAAACAAGAUCUGUAUGGCUUUCUGUCCAAGAGCUAUUUCCAGCACCUGGGCUGACAGCCAGCCCCCUACAGCCCAUCGAAGGGAGUCCCGUGACCCUGUCCUGCAACACCAGGCUCCCUUGGGACAGGACAGACACCCAGUUACGUUACUCCUUCUUCAAAGAUGGCCGCACUUUGCAGUCCGGCUGGGGCUCAUCAAAGUUUACGAUCUCAGCAAUAUGGAAAGAAGACUCGGGGGAUUACUGGUGUGAGGCAAUGACAGCAUCUCACAGUGUCUCAAAGCGGAGUCACCGGUCCUAUAUAACUGUGGAGAGGAUUCCUGUGUCUCAAGUCUCCAUGGAGAUCCAGCCAUCAAGGGGCCCAGGAGUUGAAGGGGAGAUGCUGGUCCUGGAAGGAGAGACGCUGGUCCUUGCCUGCUCUGUGGCUAAGGGCACAGGGCUUAUCACGUUCGCCUGGCACAGGGAGGACACGAAGGAGAGUGUGGGGAGGAAAAGUCAGCGUUCCCAGAGAGGGGAGCUGGAGAUCCCUGCUGCCAAGGAAAGCCAUGCGGGGGGAUACUACUGCACUGCGGACAACAGCUACGGCCUUGUCCAGAGCGUCGUAGUGAACAUCGCAGUGAAAGUUCCAGUGUUACACCCCCUCCUGUCCGUCAGCAUUCCCGGGGUGCUGCCCUUCAUCGGGGACGUCAUGGAACUUCACUGUGAAGACAAGAGAGCGUCUCCUCCCGUUCUGUACUGGUUUUAUCAUGAAAAUAUUACUCUAGGGAACGUCUCAGCACCUUUUGGAGGAAAAGCAUCCUUUAAGCUCUCCCUGACUGCAGGACACUCUGGGAACUACUUCUGUGAGGCUGGCAAUGGCUGGGGGACCAAGCGCAGUGAGGUGGUGACACUCUAUGUCACAGACCCUCCACCCAAAGUGCGUUUGGUGAACGGUCCCCACCGCUGUGAAGGACGCGUAGAGGUGGAACAGGAAGGCCGCUGGGGCACAGUAUGCGACGAUGGCUGGGACAUGAAGGACGUGGCUGUGGUGUGCCGAGAGCUGGGCUGCGGAGCAGCCCGGCACACGCCCAUAGCCAUGCUCUAUCCACCCGUGGUUGAUGAAGCUCUGCCUGUGCUCAUUCAGGUAGCCCUGUGCAACGGCACAGAAAAGGCCCUGGCUGAAUGUGACCAGGUAGAGACCUUUGACUGUGGCCAUGACGAAGAUGCGGGAGCUGUGUGUGAAGUCUCUCCUAGCACUUUCUGAAGAUCCACAGACCAGAGACCAUCAAACUUCCUAUUUUCUGCAUUUGGGCCUCGCAGGCUGCAGUUCCACUGGACUUGGAGACUUCAUCUGUGGCUCAGCCUUCAACAGCAUUCAAAACAGUUCUGCUCCGAGCUAAAGUCCCAACAGCACUAAAGGAAGCCCAAGUCCCCCAGUCCCUGGAGGCCAAGCUUGGGAAAAUUGUUCCCUUGUCUAGGUUCCCUGACUUUCUAGUUCCUUCUGGCUAUCUUCUUGGGCAGAUGUAGAGGAUCAUGUGUGCCCGACCCUUACAUCUGAUAGUAUGUGGUCUGAUAAAGAAUAUAGAUAAAAGGAACUGAGUGCUUACAUUCAUUUCUUGACAUGGG